CUUUCAUUGCAGAUGGCGUGUAAUGAUUGCUUUAGUUUGAAGUACCCAGGCAACCCACAGCUGGGGGACUUGAUUGAAGUGUUCCGUCCUGGCUAUCAGCACUGGGCACUUUACUUGGGAGAUGGCUAUGUUAUCAACAUAGCUCCUGUAGAGGAUGGGAUCCCUGCGUCAUUUACAAGUGCUAAGUCUGUAUUCAGCAGAAAGGCUGUGGUGAAGAUGCAGCUCUUGAAGGAUGUUGUGGGAAAUGACACAUACAGAAUAAACAAUAAAUACGAUGAAACAUACCCUCCUCUUCCUGUGGAAACAGUCAUGCAGCGGUCAGAGGUGGCUAUUGGACAGGAAGUAGCAUAUGACGUGCUUGACAACAACUGUGAGCAUUUUGUGACUCUGCUUCGCUAUGGAGAAGGAAUCUCAGAGCAGGUGAGUUUAGUUGGGGAGCAGUGUGAAGGUACUCACAUUGGUAGCAUAAGUCCUAUUGAUUAUGAUAAGAUUCCCAGGUCUCAAAUCAAAUGCAAGAAAUAA